AUGAACGAAGAAGCUUGUAGUCUGUUUCUUCAGACAAUUGAUGUAGACUCACGUAAGAGGAAUGAAGCAGAAAGGAUUUUGAUGGAGAAGGAGAAGGAUCCUGUGUUUGUUAUGUCUCUGAUUAGGGGAAGUAUGAUGGACACGAACGCAAUAGUCAAGAGGGUAUCAUCGCUUUAUUUCAAGAAUGCAAUUAUCAACCAGUGGAAUAACGAUGCAUAUGCACUAGCUAAGAAUAGAUUGAUUGAGGAGAUUCUCGAUAUGUUUCUAUAUGGGGACGAUGUGACGAGGGUUUCUUACAAUGCGAUUCUUGUGCAUAUUUUCAAUAAGGAGAAGAGUCUCGAUCGAAUUGAAGUGCUUUUUGAAAAGGCGUCGCAAUUCCUGAAGGUUCCUGAUGUGAAUCAUGUUUAUACAGCAUUGAACAUGUACUCAAAAGUUUUUGAGGCAGAUGAGAUACGAUCAAACAUAGAGAGUGCUUUAGAAAAGAUAUAUGGAGGAUCUGGCAGGGACAUUCUUGAGAAGGUGCAUAUGUUCUUUGAGAUGGGGGACUAUGUGAUGCUGAAAGUUGGAUUGAAUGUGCUGGUGAAGUCAUACUGCUACUACUCGAUUCCGAAGUACUUGUCAUGCAUAGAAGCAUUUUCUUAUGUUUUUGGACUUGCAUUGCGAACGAUGGGGCUGGAGAACAAUGAAGUUGAGGGAGUCCUUGAUUGCAAGGAAUUGGCAGCGAAUUUUAUUUAUAGGGAAUACAGCAAGGGACUGAAGAAGUUUUACAAGAACAACGAGCUUUCUGAGUAUGUUAAGGAUGUUAGUAGACUUCGCGAGGUGUAUCCUAUGUUUCUGAAGGUUGUGCAGGAAAGAAGCAAGCUGAGGGAAGAGAUUGAGGUUUGUGCAGUGGAUUUUUUUGCAUUGCUUGUGUCUGAUGCGACUUUUAAUGAGUAUGUGGAGAGGGACAUACCGUAUUUGGUGUUUGGAUAUAUACUACCUGUUUACUCAUUGUCUGAAGCAGAUGAGGAGGACUUUGAGCAGGAUGCAGAGAAAUACCUGCGAGAGAAGUAUGGGUAUUUCAGAAGCACAUUGCGAAGCAACUUGAACGGACUGUUCCGAGAGAUAGUGUCGAAGAUGAAGAACAAUGAAGAGAAAUUUAAUGAGAUGUUGAAGUGCCUUGUGUCAGUGUUGGACAACUGUAAGGAGAAUCCAAGCAAGGAGAAUUUGAGGAUGGCAUAUGGGUCUUUUUUUCUACUGGCAAGCAUCAAGAGCACGCUUAUGAAGAAGGCAAUGAAUGUUCUUGUGUAUGUGGUGAUGAACCAUGUGAUACCGAAUUUAAGAGGAGAAUGUUUGGUGCUAAAGUCCCAGGCAUGCUAUUUUUUGUCGAUAAUUGAGGAGGAUCUGCCGAUUGGUACUGAGGCGAUUGGACUGUUAGAUGAGGUUCAUGCAUUGAUGAUGUCGAGCCAUCGAGUGCUGUAUGUUGAGGCAACGCUUGCAAUGUCCUUUUUUAUGUCGAAUGAAAUGGCAAGUGAGAAGUUUAAGCAGCUUAUUCCUGUUGUGUUAGAAAGUAUAUUGCGACUGUUGAAUGCGUAUGAUCUUGAGCCAUUGACUAUUCUACUUGAUACGAUUACUGAGUACUAUCCUGAGGAGAUGGUGAAAUAUGCGCCUGAACUUGUUAGAUCAAUUUCUGGGAUUGUUAUUACACAUCUGUCAAGCACUGAGGAGCUUAGUGAGGAGAAAGCGAUGCUGGUAAUGGGAUUUUUGAGGAACAUAGAGAGCCUUAUUCUGUCACUGGAGCAUGGCUCUGUUGUUUUGGAGCAUGCAUACAUGAAUUCUUAUGAUGUCCUGUAUUUUAUAUUGAAUGAGGGGAAGGAAGACUUCUAUCAGGAGAUGCUUGAUAUUCUGAACGGAUAUGUGUUUAUGAUUAAGAGGAUAGAAAGAUCGAUGUGGGGAUUAUUCCACAUGGUUUUGAACCUUCCGAUUGAUGAUAUUGCAAUAUACUCUUCGAAUGUAGCAGAUCUGAUAGACAACUUUGUAACGUAUGGGAAGGAAAGUGUGAUGAACACAAGCAUCUUAACUGGGAUAUACUCAGUGAUAUCUAAGUUCUGUCUUUGUAAUGAGGAGAAUUUCUAUGAGGACGAGUUUAUGGAUGGGUGCAGGAUUAUUGAGUCGAUUAUUCUGAACAUAGGCAAUGAAGUAGUGAAUGCAGACCCGUCCAGAUUAGAGUUUUUCUUGAAUGUUGCGAUCUCUGGGCUGUCUAUGGUUGAUGAGGCAGGAACAGCAAUGGUUUAUGUACUUGAGGUUGUGAUGAACAGCUUUAUUCUGCGACCAAAUGAUACUAUAAGGAUACUUGUAGAGCAUAAACGACUUGAGGAGAUUUUAAGGAAUCUAUUUACACAGCGCAAUAACUUUAAGAGGGUUCAUGACAAGAAGAUAUGCAUGCUAUUUAUUGGAGCAGUGUGUGGACUGAGAGAUGGAGAGAUUCCUGGUUUGGAUAUGCAAGGGUUUAUUGGAUUCAUAGUGGCUGUUGUGACAUCGCUUCCAGCAGCAAUCAAGUUGAGGAAUCAGAUGAAAGAAGAGGAGGAUGAAGAAGUGGAUGAAUCGUAUUGUGAAGAAGAAGAGUAUGCUUCAAGCGAUGGGAGUUAUGGAGAUGUUUUCUUGGAGGAAGACAUAUACUUUGAGACAUCCCUGGACCACUUUGAGCCUUUUGGAUACAUAUCAUCCAUACUGAGUCAGCCUAUGCCUGGAUCCUAUGCAAGCAGGGCAGUUCAUGAAAUGUCUGAGAAGCAGAAGAGUACGAUGUUUAGUGUUCUCAACACAGAGCGAGUUAUUCAGAAGGUUUGA